AUGGGUUUGGGAAAUCAAGAUCCCCGCUUCUUGAAUAAUGAGCUCACAAAGGAGCACUGCGAUCCUAAAGAAACCACCCUCUUCUUAGAGGAGGAGCUCAAAGUAGGAAUGAACAAAAAUUUUCACUUUCGUAAGUACAACUUCAACAAUGCCUCUCCUUCCCUUCCUCGUGAGAACGCAGAUUCCAUAGCUUUCUUAUCUGUGGAGCUCCCACGCAUCGUGCCGCGCUUCGCGUUCCCUCCCGCCUCUUGUGAGGCUAAUGAAGUGCAUGAGACGCUAGUGUGGUGUGAGUCCUUGAAAGCCGAGGAGAAGUGCCUAACAUCUUUAGAGGCCAUGAUUGACUAUGUCACCCCAUCUUCUCUAGAUCAUCAUAACAUUACUAUGCUCCACACUAGCAUCCACUAG